AGAGGUGCGUAGGGAAACAUCAGGGCACUUGUACAAGUGCCAAUAUGAAACUCCUUUGUGCUGCAGUUCCACGUUCUCUUGGUAAACAUUCACUAGGAGAUAUCGUGAGUCUACGGCACCUCUCUUCUGGCGUUCAACGGGCGAGUAAUUCGGAAUCGGAGUAUGAUGUCGCUGUUGUUGGGGGUGGAAUUGUCGGCUGUGCCACCGCACGUGAGUUGAAGAUGAGACACCCAAAGCUGAGGAUGUGUCUGAUUGAAAAGGAGAAACAUUUUGCGGGUCAUCAGAGUGGUCACAAUAGUGGCGUGAUCCAUGCUGGAAUCUACUACACACCAGGAAGUUUAAAGGCUAAACUGUGUGUUGAAGGAAUGAGACUAGCGUACAAGUAUUGUGAUGAACACAACAUUCCGUACAAGAAAGUAGGCAAGCUCAUCGUUGCUCGGGACGACGUGGAAGUUGAACGACUGCACGUUCUUCAUGAUAAAGGCUUGAAAAAUGAAGUCCCUGACCUAGAACUGAUCAGUUCCUCCAAGAUAACGCAACUAGAACCGUAUGUGAGGGGAAAAGAGGCCUUGUUAUCUCCGCAUACGGGAAUUGUUGAUUGGGGAUUAGUCACGAAAUCCUUCGCCGAGUCGUUCGAGAAAUUAGGCGGCGACACUAGAUUAAACUUCGAAGUUUCUGGAUUCGAAAUGACGGAAAAAAAUCUGGUGCGGAUCCGUAGCAAGGAUGGUGCUGUUCGCUGUCGGUUUGCAUUAACUUGUGGCGGCUUACAUGCGGAUCGUCUUGCUGAAAUGUCGGGUUGUGGCCGGGAACCACGAAUAGUUCCUUUUCGGGGAGAAUAUUUACUGUUGAAGCCUGAGAAAAGGAAUUUAAUUCAAAGGAAUGUUUAUCCUGUCCCGGAUCCGAGAUUUCCUUUCUUGGGUGUUCAUUUUACCCCCCGGAUGGACGGUGCAGUAUGGCUCGGCCCGAACGCAGUUCUCGCGCUUUCUCGAGAGGGAUAUUCAUGGUCUGACUUUGACGCCAAAGACCUUUGGGAUGCCGUUAAAUUUUCGGGAUUCCAGAAACUAGCUGUGAAAUACAUUGGAUUCGGCACAAAAGAAAUCAUGCGGUCGUGGGUGAUGAGACUGCAAGUUAGAGAGCUUCAGAAGUUUGUUCCGGCGCUGUCACUAUCGGACGUGACACGGGGCCCAGCAGGCGUCCGUGCACAAGCAAUGGAUGGAAGUGGUAACCUUGUGGACGAUUUCGUUUUUGAUACAGGCAAGGAAGGAGAUAUUGGGAAGCGUGUUCUUCACUGCAGGAAUGCCCCAUCCCCUGGGGCCACUUCGUCUCUUGCAAUUGCAAAGAUGAUCGCUGAUAAAGUUGAAUCCGCGUUCAGUUUGUGAAGCAAUGGUGUUUCGUCGAUCGCGAAGUUAGUUUCCAAGUCCUAGCAGUUUUCAGUGAGAUUCAAGAUCUUCAUAUAACUUGUGUGAAUUUGAUAGUAAUCUCUCACGAGGAUGAAAUUCCAGCCGAGCUGUGGUUGCGUAGCGUAGCAAUCAAAAUUUCCUGUAUUUUCGAAAUGAUUAAUCUCAAGCAAAGUGCUGUACGUGUGUUGGUCGUUCGGAAGCUAACAAUUUGGAUGUGAGCCCAGUGACUUGUAUCGUGAUCCUGAUGUUCAUAACGCCAUGCCGAAAUAUGCUUGUGCUGCUGACCCCCUUUUUUAAAGUCAACAAUCAAAAAUUUGGUGCUCAACUUUCUCAAACUUAAGAAUGAUAUUGUGCAAUAAAAAAGGCUUGAUGGUUUUCAGUGCGUCAUUUGCUUGCUUUUUGUUUUAUAUUGCUAGUGCAGUACAUUAUUUUGAAGUUGCGUGUGUUUCUCACGUAAUGUUGGUGAUUUAACAUUGAAUGAAUAUGCAUGAA